CACGUUUAGAGAACAUUGCCACCUCUCCAACGUCCUUCUCUGUACCGCAGUACUGAAAUAUCGCAGAAAAACGAAAUUUGCACGCCGCGAGCAGUGAAAAUCAAACACCUGCGACUUCGGGAACACGGCCACUUCCAUCUGUCGACUGCUGCAGUCUGGCUGCCACAGAACAUUGAGUCUGAAAGCUCGCAGAAAUGGAGUGGUCUGACCUAAUCAUUCCGACUUUAGUUAGCCUCGUAUUGUACUUCGUCUGGUAUUCCCAACUCGGCAAGAAGCGCAUUCCGCCUGGUUCCCGGCUACCCCCUUCUCCGCCAGCUAAACCGCUGAUCGGUCACAUCGAGUACCUCCGGCCCGACUUCUGCGCUACGACGGCAAUCGAAUGGGCUCGAAUGUACGGUUCUACCUACAGGAUCAGAACGGGAUUGACCGAGAUGGUCAUCGUGAAUGACUUUGAUGCCAUAGUGAAACUCUUUGCUAAGGAUGAGCUCCUGUACCGCUCCAAGGACUGGCGCCUCUACGGACUUUCUGUCGGAUAUCCGAUCUCGCUGGAGGGAGACGAGUGGGUCGAAAACCGCAGGUUCUGCCUCCAGGCGCUCAGAGAUAUCGGCUUCGCGAAGCCCACCAUACAGAACGACAUUCUGGACGAGUGUCAUCGCCUCAUUGAGCGCAUAUCGGAAUCGAACGGCCGUCCGAUCGCCAUCGAAGAGCUGAUUUUGCCCAGCGUUUCGAACAAUGCCGUCGCGCCCGUCUUUGGAGAGAGUUACCCCUUCGACCACCCGAAACGCAAGUGGCUGGACGACACGCUGCGGAAGCUCGCUGUCGCCGUCAACACGACCCGCCGAAUCACGCCCUUGGGCUUCCUCAAGGGCCCAUUCCUGAACACACUUGCGUUUCCCGGAAGAAAGAACAUCGAGAAGCACUUUCGAGCUUUGGGUGACUUUACGAGAAAUGAGAUCUAUGCUCGGAAACACUCCAUUAAUAAACCAUCGUCCAAGACGCUUAUCGACGCAUACCUGGCAAAGAUGGAAGAACGGAAAAGCGAUCCGGAAUCUAAGUUCAGUGUGGAGAACCUGAUGAGCACCGCGAUCGGCUUCUUCCAGGCCGGAUCGGCGGGUGUCCCAACGUACAUGCAUUGGCACAUGAUCAAUUUCGCUCUGCGAGCCGACACGCUACAGGCGCAGGUGCAGGCCGAGAUCGAUCACGUGGUCGGCUCGCUCAGGCGUCCCACGUGGGAAGAUAGGCACAAGAUGCCCCUCACCAUGGCCGUCAUAUGGGAGAUGCUGCGUUGGAAGAGCAUCACGCCGCUCAGCGCACCAAGGAGGGCCGAAGUGGAUUUCACCUGCGACGGCUUUUUCUAUCCUGCUGGAAUCACGGUGAUGGCAAAUUACUGGGCCGUUCAAAACGAUCCCAGCGUGUAUCCUAACCCGGAGAAAUUCGACCCGAGUCGCUUUAUGAACGACGACGGUUCAGCGACUUGUGAGCUGCCUAAGCGCCUUCUUUCAUUUUCGUUGGGAAAGCGCAAGUGUCCCGCGGAGACGCAAGCCAUCAUGGUGAUAUUCCUGUACAUCGCUUACAUACUGCAGCGCUUCCGAGUGCUGCCCGAAGAAGGAGUCACUAUUGACCUGGGUGAUGCAAACAAUCGCCUUCCCACCAAGACUAAAUACCGGCUCCGAUUUAUUCCCAGGAGACAGUAACUCACCGUGACAUAAAAAAAAAGAACUACAGCUUUAUCAAUCCGGCACUCCUGAAUUGUUGUGCAGCACCGUUCCACGUUGCCAGCAAACUUACCAGGCCCUUUUAGAAGCAGCCGCGUGCGUGUACUCAUAUGAAACCAGCGCGUGUAACUUGUACGUGCUUUCCUUUCCCUUCCUUCCACUUUGCGGGUGCAGGCUGCCACUGCCUCGCCGAGUAUUCAGCAACUUGGGCCACUGAGCAUGUGCCCGAACAGACAACUUGGGACCCUGGAUAUGUGAACAUCCUCGCCCAAUCCUCAAGAAUGCGUAUGCAGCACCUGGGUAGACACGCCCCAAUAAACAUCCAGACCAAGAGGCAAUAAGUGAAGAAGUCGGCAAAAGAAGGAGCCGAAUGUGGAAACGCAAGCUAAUUGAACGAAAUGGAACAAGAGGAAUCAACAUCAACAUCCAGAGUGUGCAUUGAGCGAGGAGCGCUAAACGACAUGGAAGUGAUGAAGAAGCACAAGUGAACGAAGACAGUUCAGUAAACAUCAAAGAAAGCUUCGCUUAUCGCUGAUUGUCCACAUAUGCGUAGGAUCCAUUCAUUUGUUUCUUUGUUCGUUCCUUUUUUUCUUUUAUUCCUUAGCUUUGUAUCCUCUGUAUCCCCUGUAUAAUUCUGGGGCCGAAUUCACAAAGCUUUUCGUUCGCAAGUGCUGCUUGCCAUUGGCCACCCGCCUUCGCUAAUGAUAUGUCCAACGCCACGAUUGGCUGACACCUGCUUAUUCCGCCACAGUUUUAGCGUAAGAACGUUUUUGUGAAUCCAACCCCUGUGUCCUAAAGCGAAAAAAUAGCAGUCAUUGCCACUCUGGGGUCAUUAGGCCUCGAUUUUAUAUUUUAACAUGGGUAUUAAUUGGGCGAGGGUACUGAACAAGGGUACUGGGCGCAUGACCAGAGCUGACUCCUCCUUGUCCAGCUGGCACCCAGUUGCUAUGUUCUUCUCGAAAGCUUUCUAGAAAGAGGACAACUUUCGUCCGCAAGGUCCGGAGCAUUCUAGCACCGGGAGUAGUACUGGCACGACACACUCUACCCAGCGUUCAACAACACUAGUGCUCCUAUUCGUUUAGUUAUUUAUGACAAAGGCUGCAUACUGCUCCAUUGCCGCGCUAUGCUUAAUGUUCAGAUAUGCUUCGUACAAAACUACGGUGUCUGUUUCCAUUCAACUUUGCGUAGCAAGCAUUUCGUGCCUGUGUUGACGAAGUUCCUUAGUAAGGUAGAAGAAAAAAAAAGUUACCAUGUCUAAAUGUACUAUGGGCAGUGCUCUAGUACAUUAACGUGAUAACAGUAAAGUUUCACAUCGUCAGCAGAUGAUUAUGAUGAUGUUAGCUAAUGGCGGGCCCUUUGAAUAAGCAGUGAGGACCAAUAAUAACCUAGCUGCAUGAGCUGAAUAUGUGUUAAUAUACAUAUAGUAAUCUUGCAUGAUAUCUACGUCUGCUUUAUCUUGUUAAGUUAGCCAUGCCUCUAACGAUCCUGUUCCCAACCCUUCCAUGACAUUUCUUAUUACCAUUAUUCCUAUUAACUCUUGCUGAACUCCAUAGCUGGCCAACUUCUAGAAGAAGGACGUUCUCAUCAGCUUCAGCAACUAUUGAAGUUCCUCCUGGAGUUUUGUAUUGUCGUAAGUUCGUAGUGUGGAACAAGGUCAGGGGCAAUCUGAUGCCGAGCCCAACUGUUUUAUGAAACUGCGCUGUUUGUCUUACUGAACUUCGUGAUUACAAAUGUGAUAAGCCGAUGAAAAGGAAUUCACCUAUUGGAGUGGGUAAACAGCUGAAAGGGGAGCUUUUCAGGUGUCCACAAAUGCCGAAGAACAUGGACGAUAGGAAACAAAGGAAUCCAUGGAAGAACAUUCAAAUGGUGGUUAGCACCGGAGAGAGUAUGUACGGUUUCUAUCAUUCCCAUAACGGUUCCCCAUAUAACCUCUAUAACCAUAAAGGUUAUCGCCGUAACAAUGCUGAAGACCAUCAUCAUUAGUGACCAGCACUACGAGAGCAAGCUUGGGGUUCCUAUUGUUAUUCAGUUAUAUGUCAAUACAUUUAUUUUCGUAAUCCCUGCCACACUGCAUUGUGUACUUCUCGCUGAAAUGAUAAUGUUACUGCAUUAUGUGUUUACGAAUGUUGUUAUAUUCCUGUACGUAUAUGGCUGGCAGUCGUAUAUCAUGUGUCGGCUUCGCUAAUAGGUCUUACCAACGUUCAAAAUGGCUCUCUUGGAACUCAACUAAAUCUGAUUAGAAAGCUCACCACGGGUCCUAUUUUCAAAUUACGAGUACAUUGUAACGUUCGCGUAUAAUUCGUUUCGAAAUGAAUGACAUCGCCGAAUAUCCACCAUUUUACCUUUUGUAUGGUUGCUAACCCACGUUGCCCAUUGGCACCGUCCUGCCUUCCGCGCCGUGUAUAGUGCUACUGAACACGGUCAUGACGUCAUCGAUCGGGCUCACAUGGCUCACCAGAUCGCCCGAUAUCGUCUCUCCACGCAGCAGGAUUUGCAAAAAGUCCGUUGUGACCACCCGCAUCGAAACGUUGAGUUCUUUUCAGGCUCUUGGGUACUUCUUUGGUCACCAUGUCGCCGUGUCGGCCUGUCCCAGAAACUUCUGUCGCACUACAUAGGAGCCUACAAAAUCUUGCGCUAAGUUGAAAGCGUUAAUAAGUUCAAUCUCACCAAGUUUUCGCCGAGACGGCGAUUCGGCUUUCGGGGGUUCUGUUACCGGUUGAUGAAGGAAGAAGACAAGGCCCUUGGGGUACGGCCUGGUGUGCGUACGUUUUGGUGAGCCAUCUUAACUUUGUCUGUACGUUGCCUCUAAGUACACCGUAUAUAUUUUCUGCAUCCCCGUAAUAAUACUGAAUAUUUAUUUAGCCAUUCUUGUACAAUUCCGUUCCUCUCUUUUGUCAUUGCUUUCCAACCGUGUACUUGUUUUUACUACUUACUUAUAGGAUAUUUUACCAUAUACCAGAUCUCAUCCCAAUCAUUGUUUAAAUUCAUUUUGUUUGGUGUUCUGAAUAAAACUAUCUAUAAAAAGCCAA